AACCUUCUCCUACAUAUGAAGAUCGGCGCCACAGUUUCUCAGACUAUAGAGUGGCGCAGAGUGAGAAUCAAAAUGGUCGGACCACCGUACGAUUGUCUUGCGAAUCCGCUUGGAGCCGUCCGAUUGACCUUCGAGAAGACGAUCGCAUCAGGAUCCGAUCCCGCCUCUUUGGACGGCAAAGAUUGGGGUGCUCUCGAACUCUUCCGUCAAUUUCUCUUUGAUCAAGGCGGCCUCCCACAUGUUCCGAUUCUUAAUCCGAAAACUAUGAGAUGGGUUCAGCCCAAUACUUUGGUUCGCUUUCGCGGAAUGAUACAAGAUAUGUUGGGAAAUGAGUUCUAUGUGGGUGCUUAUAAGGAUGGCUCUAUAUGGAGGACGAACAAGUUCAUGGAUAUUUGUCAGUAUCCUAUGACUUCACUUGAUUCACCUGACAUGCGAAUCUGGGAACGUCGAUUGUUGUACUGCAUUCCGGUUCCAGGACAGAAUUCGUGGACUGAAUCUUCGUCUGAAGAAAUGAUGAACCGCUGCAUGGAUGGGACAUCCCAACAGGGAGAGAAGCGUCGAAGGAUGGAUGAUGAUUCUUCUGAACGCAUGGAUAUGGUUUCAGAUGAUGAUUUUGAAAGUUCUCCCAGUGCCAAGAAGAUGAGGGAGAAUUCACUGUCCAAGGAUUCCAAAUUUGAGGUCUCUUCCAGUUUAAUUUCAGUACCAGAUAUUGAUGGAAAUUCUCUUCCGUGUCUGGUAAAGAUUUAUGACUGUCCAGAGAAUGAGUUGAAGCUUAAUGAUGUUUAUGAGUUUAUUGGUGUACUCACAUUGACUCAUGAUGUUACUAUGGAUAAACAUGAUAAUAAUGAGUUCUCUAAUGAUUUCUUCGAAGAGGAGUUGGUUCAUUCGCUUCCUGACAAGGUGCCACGACUCCAUUGUCUAAUCCAUAGGAAGCUCGAACCUCACGACUUUUUACAUACUUCACCCAUGACGGAGCCAAAGCCCCAUUUGGUAAAAGAGAUAAGGGAAUCCCUGUUGAGGCAUCUUACAGCAAUUCUUGGGAAUGAUGGGAUAGCUGCUCAUUUCAUGUUGUUACAUCUUCUUUCCAAGGUACAUGCUAGAGCAGACAAUUUUGCUGUGGGGAAACUUUCUUUGAAUCUCACUGGUUUAAGCAAAGAAAGUGUGUCUGUGUUUGGCAAUCAGCUUAGACUUGCUUUCCAGAAUAUCCUACCAUUCACACACUACAUACCUCUUACAGUGGAGUAUCUUAAUACUGCCUCACUUGCCCCCAAGAAGGAUUACCAAACCAAUAGAUUGAUACAUGGAGCUCUACAGCUAGCUGAGGGUUCGCACUUAAUUAUUGAUGAAACCCGGUUGGAAGCAGGGACCCUCAACUCCAAUGGGGUAGAGAAUGCAAGGUUACUGAAACAGCUAAUGGAAUUUCAAAAGGUGGUGUACGACUUUGAGUACUACAAGAUGGAAAUGGCAGCUGACAUCCAGUUGCUUGUAUUUUCUGAAGGGAAAUCAAACAUAGUACCUGCUGAUUUGGUCAUACCUUUUCAGCCAUCUUCAUCAGGUUCCCUAGAAGUUGUGCCUAGAGAAACACUAGAAGCUUGGAGAUGGUACUUGACUACUGUUAAAUCAUUGCCACAUUCUAUUGAAUUAGAAAUGCAGCAGGUGGUGGAAAAUGACUUGGUUGCAGCAAGACAAACUAAUAGAAGCCUAAACAGCCAAGAUUUGAGCAGAUUGGUGACAAUAGGGCAGCUGAUGUCUGCAAGUUUUGGGGAAACAACUUUGACAUUGGAGCAAUGGCAGAUGGUAAAGGAAUUGGAGAGGCUGAGAAUGGAGAGAGUAAAGUAGAAUUUGGUCAUCAGUCGAUUAUAGUGCAAGAUGUUAAACAGAUAUAAGCCAUUAUGAGAUGAUGUGGAUCAUCUGAGUUGUCUGUGUAUAAAUGUUGUUAAUAUGUAUGGAAUUCCUUUGGCCAUUUGGAUUAUAAAUUGGAAAUGCAUUCUCUACAAAUUUAAAUGUGUCAA